AAAGGUUACACACUCUCUUGGUUCCAUAAAUAUAUAAUAAAAAAAAAUGGAAAUCGUGAUGUAUUGAGAUAGUGAAGUGGGUUUUUGGAUCAAUAUGGAUGUGUAAGUUGACUUGGAAUGGAAGUGGGUUUUUGCCUGAAUUUAUUAGUAGUUGUGAUUUGGUUUUGGAAUUGGAAUUGGAAGCAAAGCCACAAUGACUUGGAAGCAGAACAGAGGAAUUGAAUCAUCUUCCAAGAUUGUGGUGUCCAAGAAAUGGACUAUUAUGCUUUGUAUUGGCUUCUUCUACGCUGGAAUGCUAUUCUCUCACAGUGCUGUGGAUAAAUCAAUUUCAAAUCUGGAGAUGGAGUACUUAGCUGCUGGAAGGGCUGCACACUCUGUAAACAUUAUUGAAUCAAGCCGCAGAAGAAAAUAUUUAAUGGUUAUAGGCAUUAUUACAUCAUUUAGUAGCCGAGAACGAAGAGAUUCAAUCCGUGCUACUUGGAUGCCGCAAGGAGAUACAAGAAAAAUGCUCGAGGAAGAGAAGGGCAUCAUAAUCCGGUUUGUAAUAGGUCGCAGUGCUGAAUCAAGUGGCAACCUUUAUAGAGCUCUCGAGGCUGAGGGCAAAAAACAUGGUGAUCUUUUGAGGCUGGAUCAUGUUGAGGGUUACCUCGAGUUAUCAGCCAAAACAAAGACAUACUUUUCAACUGUUGUUGCUUUGUGGGAUGCGGAUUUUUAUGUUAAAGUCGAUGAUGAUGUGCAUGUAAACAUGGCAACGCUUGGAGCAACUUUAGUAAGGCAUCGAUCACAGCCAAUGAUAUAUAUUGGAUGCAUGAAGUGUGGUCCAGUUCUUGCUCGAAAAGGAGUGAAAUAUCAUGAACCCGAGUAUUGGAAAUUUGGGGAGCAAGGAAGCACAUAUUUCCUUCAUGCUACAGGACAAUUAUAUGCAAUUUCAAAUGAUUUGGCUACUUAUAUAUCAGUUAACCAGCAUGUGUUGCACAAGUAUGCUAAUGAGGAUGUUUCCUUGGGAUCAUGGUUUAUUGGAUUGGAUGUAAAGCAUAUUGAUGACCGGAGACUCUGCUGCGGUAUUCCACCUGAUUGUGAGUGGAAGGCUCGGGCGGGCAACAUUUGUAUUGCUUCCUUUAAUUGGAGCUGCAGCGGGAUCUGCACGUCAGUGGAGAGAAUGAAGGAGGUUCACCGGCGAUGCGGCGAAGGUGAAAAUGUCUUAUGGAACACAGCUUUCUGACAAAUGGUUAUAUAUUCCGAACUCAGGUGGUGUGAGGGCUGUGAGCUUUUUCAUUAUUUUAAUAUGUUUAAAACUUGUUCUCCUAUGUUCGGUUUUAUGUUUGCUUGGCUCCCAAUGUGUUAGGGAAGGGAAUGUUGACUAAAAUUGUUUUAAGCCAUGUAAAUACUUUUUUUUAGA